UACCGUACCUUCCGAAUCUGUUUCUCUUUGAAAAGAAACCCGAGGUAUUUAACCGAAGACAUCUCAGAUCUAAUCCAUCAGUUUCAAUUCAAUGGCAACGGUUCCUUCAGUAACCCUAAGCUCCUCCAGUGAUGAGAUCCUAACCAUGCCUAUCAUCGGCAUGGGAACUUCAUCGUACCCUCGGGCCGACCCAGAAACCGCCAAGGCUGCCAUUCUCAAAGCGAUCAGAGCUGCUGGUUACCGACAUUUUGACACCGCCUUUGCUUACGGGUCGGAGCAAGAUCUCGGUGCAGCCAUAGACGAGGCUCUCCAUCUCGGACUCAUCAACUCUAGGGAUGACCUCUUCAUCACAACCAAGCUUUGGGCUAGUUUCGCCGACAAAGACCUUGUGCUGUCGUCCAUCAAAACCAGUUUAAGGAAUCUACUCAACAUUGACAUGUACAUCAUACAUUGGCCUUUCAAAUUGGGAAAAGAGGUGAAAAGCAUGCCUGUUGAGAGAGAUCUGGUGCAGCCCCUUGAUCUCAAAUCUGUUUGGGAAGCCAUGGAAGAGUGCAAGAAACUUGGCCUUGCUAGAGGUAUUGGCGUCAGUAACUUCACAUGCAGUAUGCUCGAGGAGCUUCUUUCCUUCGCCGAAAUCCCUCCGGCCGUCAACCAAUUGGAGAUGAACCCAGCUUGGCAGCUGAAGAAAUUGAGGGACUUCUGCAAGGCAAAGGGUGUUCAUGUCACGGCUUACUCUCCGCUCGGAGCAGCUAGGACUAAAUGGGGUGACAAUAGGAUUUUGGGGUCAGAUGUGAUCGAAGAGAUUGCCCUAGCCAGAGGAAAAACAACUGCUCAGAUAUCAUUGAGAUGGGUGUAUGAACAAGGUGUGAGCAUAGUAACAAAAAGCUACAACAAGGAAAGAAUGAGGCAGAACCUUGACAUCUUCGACUUCUGCUUGACCGAGGAGGAAUUGGAGAAGAUGAGUCAUCUUCCACAACGGAAAGGGGUUACCUUUGCCUCACUUCUAGGACCCCAUGAUAUCGUUCUGGAAAUUGACGCAGAAUUAUGAGCCAGACUUGGUCACUUAUUAUUAGAAGUUUCCGGAACUUUACCCCUGACUUAUAUUUGCUGAUGCGAAAGUGAAGGCAGACUAAACCGUUGCUAGAUCCCACAAUACGUGUAGACCUCUCAAAACAAUC